AUGAUAAUUGAUAGAUCAAAAAUAAGGACUGCAGAGCUUCCAGAACUCCGAUCGAAUUGUCAUCUGGAAGCUGCAUAUGAAGAAGCCGAUCUUGAUGCCGGUGUCUGUGCACAAGUUGAAGAGACGCUUAGGAACCACUGUAAAUUAAAAGACAAGCUACAAAAGAACCUUAAAAAUAUUCAGGAAGAUAUAAGGUUUGCGGAGGCUGAUAUUAAGAAACUGGAACUUUCGUUGGAUGCAUUGCUGUGCAGUGUAACAGAGGAAGGUAACAGAACUACUGAGCGAAAUAUCCGACGUCUUGAAAAUGAAAUCGAAACAAAAAUGAAGCUCCUUGACACAUUGCACAGGCGUGAAGUGGCUUGUAAAGACAUGCUGAAUAAACCUGAUGGGCCGCUGUGCCAUAAAACGAAGCAGUCAGCGACGCCAAAAGUUAUUCAAGUCACGAGAGGCGUAUGUCGUCCAUCGGUGUAUUUGGACGACGCUGACUUGAACUCUUUCUAUCGUCGAAUUCGUGAUCGUAAAAGCCAGCACACGGAAGAUGUGGAAGAUACAGUGCUAGAAGGUGGUCUUCGGGUUCCUGGCGAAAUUUGGAGUCGUCUAUAUGCCUAUCAACGCGAGGGUGUCAGUUGGCUUUGGGGACUACAUCAACAUGGAGUUGGUGGUAUCCUUGGUGACGAAAUGGGAUUGGGGAAGACCGUCCAGAUAAUUUCUUUCCUUGCAGCUUUGGAUCACUCCAGGCUGCAGAUAUCUGGUAGUAGCUAUGACAUCGCUGUUUCGCGAAUGAAAAAUCCACCUUCGAACCGUGCUUUUGAUGGUUUAGCACCGGUUCUGAUUGUCUGUCCCGGAACAGUUUUAAAACAGUGGCUUGGAGAAUUUCGCACAUGGAUGCCGACUGCUCGUGUUGUCAUUGUCCACUCCACUGGAUCGGGAUACAGUAAUCUCCCCCGUUUGGUUUCUAGUCUCUUCGAGACAUCGGGGAUAGCCUUAACUACUUACGGCACCCUGAUUCAGCAUUCUAGUCUCCUCUUGCCACUCUCCUGGCACUACGUGAUUCUAGACGAAGGUCAUAAGAUCAAGAACCCUCAGGCGGAGAUCACCAUUAUGGCGAAGCAAUUCCUCACCCCACAUCGCCUAAUAGUCUCAGGGACACCGAUGCAGAAUAAUCUGAAGGAGCUGUGGUGCAUCUUUGAUUUUGUGUAUCCAGGCAAGCUGGGUGGCGGAAUGAUGGAUUUCCUUGUAAACUUUGCUGUGCCGAUUACGCAGGGCGGAUAUGCGAAUGCCACACCGCUGGAGGUGGAGACGGCUUAUCGUUGUGCAUGUGCCUUGAAGCGGCUGCUGUCACCGUACCUCUUGCGAAGGCUAAAGACAGAGGUGCGUCUGGAGCUACCCAAGAAGUCUGAACAGGUUCUCUUCUGCCACCUCACUCACUAUCAACGCUGUGUGUACGAGGAGUACCUUAGCUCUCGGAUCUGCCAGAAUAUUAUGCAUGGCAAUGGCCAAGUUUUAGGCGGUUUAGUGGUGCUGAAGAAGCUGUGUAACCAUCCGGAUCUCGUCACCGGUGGUCCGCGACGCUUUGGUAUGCGGCACGGGGAGAGUGAUGAUGAUGAUCAUGAAGAGGGAGACGAGUGGUUCCGAUUUGGAUGCUCUCGGCGCUCCGGGAAGCUAAUGGUUACUUUGGAUCUGUUGGCAUUAUGGUGGGAACAGAAACACAAGGUUCUGCUGUUUACACAGAGUCGCAAGAUGUUGAACAUUCUGGAGCGACACGUUUCUCGUCGUGGCUACACCUAUCUACGUAUGGAUGGUGGUACACCGACGGCCCAACGUCAGCGUCUCGUGGAGGAGUUUAAUUCAACCUCUGCUGUCGAGGGUCCACAGAACAUUUUCCUCUUCCUUCUCACCACAAGGGUGGGAGGUCUGGGUGUAAAUUUGACCGGCGCUGAUCGGGUGCUUAUAUUUGAUCCCGACUGGAAUCCCUCCACAGAUGCGCAAGCCCGAGAGCGCGCGUGGAGAAUCGGACAGGAACGUGAGGUGAUGAUAUAUCGUUUGCUUACCAGCGGGACGAUCGAGGAAAAAGUCUAUCAAAGGCAAAUCUUCAAGCAAUUCCUCGCCAAUCGGGUGCUGAAGAACCCGCGCCAACAACGUUUUUUCAAAGUCAACAGCCUUUGUGAACUAUUUUCCCUCGGGGACGCUCGCCCUUCUGAUGCAAACGGUGGCCAGAGGCCCAAAUCGGUGUCCUUUUUCAAGGCCAUUGGAGUGCCCAAGCAAGCUGUAACGGAGAACCGCUUUGAUCACCUUUUUGCGAGUCAUCCGGUUCACCUUCGGGGUGUCAGCACGUUGGACGAAGAGGAAGUUAAAUCAAAAGUACUGGAAGUGAAGAAAAAAGCAAAGAAGGCGGAAGAAACACCAGCCCAACGUGAGGCACGUUUGAGAGCUCAGGCUCGACGACUAAGCAGACGACUUGUAGAUCACUAUACUCGACUCGGAACCCACGUGGAUGGACGCAGGAUUCGCGGGGUUGAGCGACAGUCCCGAUACGAUGAGGGGGACGCAAGAGGUGGUGAUAAGCAACGUCAAAAAGAGGACUUUGAUCCUUUUGUCGCCUCAGUAAUUUGUGGUGCAAAUGCGGAUGAACGAUCGGCCAUUUUGAAGCGGAAGCGAGAGGAGGUGGAUGAAGAUAUGAAAAUUGAAGCUAAAAGAGUUGCCAAGGCUGCUCUGAAGGCAAUAACAAAGAAGACCGAGAAGAGGAAGAAGAGGACAAUUUCAGUGAUAAAGAAGCGUUUGCGAGGCCUGACCUGUGUUAACCAUGACAAGUUGGUGAACGACUUUCUGUCUGAGAAACGCGUGGAUCCGGCAUUAGAGCGUCUUCAAGCGUCACGAUUAGCCAGUGGCGUUGUCGCCUGGUUGAAAUCUCAGACAGAGCAAAUAGAUGAGAUACCAUGGGUUGCAUUAAAGGCAGUACCUGGCGUAACCUUUGGAUUAGUUAAGAAUCGAUUCCUCUGGUCGCCAAGGGAGGCACGUUGCCCGCUCUAUCUUGCUCACAAACUACAAGGCGAAUCAAGUCCUUUGAGACCAGGAAGCUCUUCAUAUAAUCUGUUCUUCACUGGGCACAAUCGUUUGAGCUCUCGUCUUUUGCUAGAACUUAUCCGUGAGCGUCGUCAUCGAAGUAUGGAACUUUCAACGAACGCUUCGAAGCUUCAUGGAGGAGGUCCAUUAGGCGUGGAAAACCAGGAGAAGGAACUUAGGAAACUGGCUCUUAGCCUUCUUGUUCUUUUUACCGAAGACAAUCCCGCCAUCCCGUCCACCAGCACGAGGACCAUAGCCGAGCGUUUUAAAGAGAUUCUGACUACGAGGAAACAAACUUCGACCGCAAGGGAUGGCGGAUUAACUGGGCGUCAUUUUAGGGCGCUGUUGCGAGCUCUUGCUAAUCCCCCUUUGCAUAGGGUUAGCGGUGGGGAUGAAGAUGGGAUCGAGGUGUGGAUUUUGAAGCCCCAAUUCGUUACUUUGGCAAGGCAGUUGACGUCAGUUCCAAUUUACAGCAGUUUGUGUAAUGCAGGAGACAUACCCUGA